CGUGUGUGUGUGUGCGUAGACCGUGUACGCAUCCCCACUUCUUACUCAGUCAUCUUCGAGUCUUGUGCCAUUAUAAAUGAUACCAACUGUUGCAUUUAUUGUGUAUGUAUGUAUAUGUAUAUAAAUAUAUUUAAUAUACAUAUAUUGCAUUAUUGUGUAUACAUUAUAAGGUAAAGGAUACUUUAUUAUUAUACAACAAAGGAAAAAUUAAUUAUAUAAAAUAUGAAUAAUUUAAAAGAAAUUAGGAGAUAUUUAGAAGAGAAUAAAGAUAUAAAUCUACUGUGUACUUCUUGUGAGAAAAGUUCAGCAAAAAUAAUAUCAAUUUGCGAAGAUUGUAAAGAACUGUUAUGUUUUAAUUGCCAUUAUGUUCAUAAGAGCACACUUAAUUUGAAAAAUCAUGUAAUUAUAUUUUUAAACAACACUACAGUCUUUGAAUUCGACGAUACUGAGUAUAAAAGAAGAUUAAAUGAACUGGAGAGUGAGUAUGAAAAAGAAAAAAUCGAAAUUGAUGCAAUGUAUCAUAAAUCUAAAAAUGAAUUAAAAGAACGUAGAGACAAACUUUUGAGAGAAUGCAUCGAAUUUUAUAAAACACAAAAGGAUGAGAUGAAAGCCAUUUAUGAAGAGGCCAAGAUGAAUUUGAUAAAAAAGAUUCGCGAUGUAUAUAAAGAUUUAUUAGAUUCAGAACAUCAUGAUUUAAUAUCAAAUGUUUCUAAUAAUUAUCAAAAAUCAUUAUCGAUACAAGUAACUAAUCUGAAGAAUUCAUCAAACAAUGUCGAAUUGUCUAUUACUAAUGAUAGUAAUAAUAGAAGCCUAUUUGACGAACUAAUUAGUGAAUUGUAUGAAGAAUUGAAACAAGAAGAAAAUUUUGUGUUUGAUAUUGCAGAACGCUUUACUAAAUUGAGUAUUACAAGCUCAGAAAUUUAACUCAUUAAUAAUUAAUGCACAAAAAAGUUUCUUUUAAUACUUUUAUGUUAUAAACUUUAUAUUUUAUGAGUGUGAAGUAACUGACAAGUGGGAAUUUUUUAAUGGUCCUGAAGUUAGCAGACAUUUAAUAAUUAAAAAAAAAAAUUUUUUUUCCACAAUUUAAUUAUUAAAAAAUAAAAAAAAAAACUAGUAAUAUGCACAUGUAGAAAAUUUGAAAAACUAUAGGUGCAAUUGUUUUAAAUAUAACUUAAUAAUUGUAAGUUUCAGUAUAAUAUUUUUAAAAUUUUCGAAUAAAUAAAAAAAAUUUCAGUAGAAUGAAAAUUUUAAAAAUGCGUAUUUAGAUCAAUAAAAAAUCAGUACGUGAAUU